AUGGGAAAACCGAAACAAAAUAUUAUUACGAAAAAACACCCGGUUGGUGUUAAAAAUAAACACGUAAGUGUUAGUAUGAAACAAAAUGAAAAUAAAGUCUUACACAAGGAAAACAAAGAAAAUCCAAUUGAUAAAGUUGACAAUAGUACUACUGCUCUUAGCAAUUCAUCAGACGUAUCAGAUAACCAAGAAUAUGAAGAUGACUUUGAAGAUUAUGAAUCUGACUUUGAAUCUGAUACUUCGGUCGAUUCAUUAGUAGUUGAAUCGCAAUUAAAACCAACUUUGGUGAGCCAAACAAUUUCAAAUGACACUGUAAGUUUUAAGUUUGCGCUUCCCGUUUGUGUAGAAGAAAAAUUGGAACCAUUCUUGGAUGAAAAGUUUGAAAUAAACUCGUUAGAACGGACUAUUGAAAUGGGCUUAAAAAAUUUUAAAACUGCCGGAAAGAGGAAGCGAGAACAAGAAGUAAAGGACAAAAUAAAAACUAGGGGAAACGUUUUAAUGGAGAUGAUUAAGCUAGACACUGUUAGCUUUUCCCUGUUAGAUUUGCCAGCAAUACCUUAUGAACAAUAUAUACAAAUGUACGGACGUUCAAACAUGACGCAGGUUCAAACACAAACUCACGAUGAAAACGCGGAAAAAGAAGUACAGACUAAUGAAAGUGAUUUGGUCGAAAAAUGGACUCAACACCCCAUAGUAUUGACAAAUGAUAUGCACUGUUCAUCGAUUGAAUAUUUGAGAGCUAAACAGGGUGUUGGUGGUACUGAACUACCAGAUAAUCAUCGUCAAACACACAUCACUAUGGUAGAUCCUGACAGAGUGAUCGAGGUCGCCCGGAUGAUGAUUUCGAUGUUGGAACAGCAGUCGAUGGAUCGAGUUGAACAUAGGUGA